CAUUCCAAUGUUUUGUUUCCUGUUGUUCAAGUCUUGUCUCGUUGAAAAACAUCAACUAAAGCCUUUUCCACGUUGAUAUAGACUUUUACUGCUAACAUAAGGAUAUUAAAAUGAAUAACUUUGACAUCAAGUAAAAUUACACGGUACAAGAAAUGAUAAAGUUGCAAACUAACCGUUGAAACACGGUUGUUUUGGAGGUUGCCAUAAACGCUGAAAAUCUCCAUGCAGUGACAUUUGAGACUACAGUACAGAUACUAUCCACAAGCACACACAGAAAAAAAUAUACUCAAAAUUGAUUUUUUAAGGAAAUAACAUGACCUCAAUGAUGGAAUCUGACAUUGACCAAUUUAUUCAAAACCAGAAAGCAAAGCUUCAACAGGAAAGACAACAGUUAGCAGAUGAUGAAAGAGGUGAAAGGGUAGGGCGUAGACAGUGGGAUGAUCCAGGAAAAGAGACACAGUAUGCUGAACAGUUACUUCCUAAGAGAACUAUUAUGGUCAGGAGUCAUACAUUGCCAGAUCCAAAGUCAAUGAAGGAGUUUGACUAUAAAGAUGCCAGAAAGGAGCUAAUGAAGGAAAGAAGAAAGGAUUAUGAGGAAUAUCUAAGGACCUAUCAUCAUGAUCUAAUACCAUUGUUAUCAUCAUCAUCAUACUCCUCUCCACAAACCAGGCGUUACAACAGGCGACAUAGCCCAUCCCUCCAUUACCCAAUGCUACCACAAUUUUCAUUUGAUCAGUUCAGGGACAAAAGUUCAGAGAAGACAAAUGAAUCACCACGUAAGCCUGAAGUUGAUUACAAAGAAUGGGAGCUCUCCUUUCAAAAAGAAAAACAAAGAGACUAUAAUCAAUAUUUAGAACAGAAAAAACGUAGAACAAGAAAACAACCUACCCCUCCAGGGUCAGGUUUAAAGUUUGGGGAGUUUGAGGAAUAUCGUAAAAAGAUUGACAGACAACGCAAACAAGAUUACAAGGAAGAGUUAGAAAAGCAACAGACAGAGCAAAUGAUGUUAAAAGCACAAAGAGAUUAUAAUACAGUUCCCUUCAUACAAACCUCUCCCCGUUUUGAUCCUUCCAAAGAAAAACUAGACCAUGAAAUAAGUGACAGGAUAAUGAACCAGAAGUUCAAAGAAUUUGAUAAAAUGAUGGCGCUGAAUAAGACACAUGAACAGCAUGUACAUGUAGAUAAAAGAAGGACAGAACGUCCACCAGCAAGAACACAAGAUAAGGUUGUACCAGAAGAAAAGACACCAGAUAAGCCAUCAGAACCUAACCACUAUUAUGACACAUUUCACUAUCAGAAACAUCAACAACAACUGAAGGAUGAAAGGCAAAAAGAAACGAGACAAUUCUUUGAACAGCGGGCAGACCCCCAAACAAACAGAACAAAUGGCCCCCCUAAAGAAGAAGCACCAGGGCUUCAGCUGGGAAAAUAUGAAGAGAAAAGAAAGAAAUUAGAGCAGGAAAGAAAAAGAGAAUAUAAUGAAAUGCUGGCCAAGCAAGCUCAAAGGGGUAAAAGGUCCAAAGGUGCACAGUUAAGGGAAGAAAGAUCACAGCCCCAGACACAAAGGGAAGAAAGGUCAUUUGCACGGCCCCAGCCAAAUUAUCCAGAUGAAAGUCCAAUAACACAGCCCAGAGAUACUGCCAGAUCAUCAUUUGAACAGUAUGAUAGGUCUAGACAGCUUCAGGAAGAUAAGGAGAAUGAAUAUUAUGAUCUUGUCAGCAAGCUUCAGCAUGGAAGAGAAGAUAACUCUGUGGAGAGAUUACCUCAGGGGAGACAAUCUUCAUAUACUGAAGGUGAAACAGCAGCACUUACAAUGUUAGAGGAGAAAGAAAGAGAAUAUCAACAACUUCUAAAUGAGUUACAAGUAGAACGUAAUGACUCUGAGGAACAAAACAAACCACUUCCUCGACCUGGUAACUCUGAUGAUACUGAGGCAGGAGAUAGAAAACUCCUCAAUGGGUCACCUCCUCUGUAUCUCCUCUCAGAAAGUCACAUGGAUGAAGUGGAGAAAAAAAUUGAAAAAUUGAAAAAAUAUCUAAAAGAAAGGAAUGAAACUGCAUAUCAUACUGCUGAAUCCCUGUUGGGGGAAAUUGGUGACCAAUUGGAGCAUGUGCAAACAUUAUUAUCUCCAUCAUGGCUCAUUCCAAUGCCAAUACAGAGAAGAUAUCUCAAGUUAUUAAAAAUUUACAAACACCAGCUGAAAAAAAUGUAUAGCCGUGAAUUCAGUUCUGAGCGACAGGAAAAAGAAAGGGAAACUCACAGAGAACAGUUACCACCAAAACCCCCGACUCCAGGGGGUAUGUUUAAUAAACUUGGUGCUCAUGAUAGACAGAGGGACAAAUUAAAUGAAGAGAGAAAGGAGGAGUACAACAGAUUGAUAAAUGAGGGUGACCAACGCGGUAGAGGAAGAAGAAGUGAACCAAGGGAGGCUUAUCAGCCAGAAGCUCGUCAACAGCCAGAACCCCGUCAAAGACCUUCUACGGAUGAGGCCCCAGGUGCUUCCUUGAAAGGAUUGAAUCCAAGAGAUUCAGCAGAACAACGCAAAAAGCAACUACGCAAUGAUGAAUAUAAUGAAUUUUUACGACAGAAAGGGGGUAGAGGUCGUGGUCGACAGACAGAGGGUAGACCACCUCUUCCUACCUCAGCAAGAAAUCCACGACAUGGUUAUAAUGACACAGAACCCCAAAACAGAAGAGUAAACUCUGCCACGAACGAGAGAGAUGUUGGGAAGAAAGAUGAUAUAUUUGCUACAUUACCAGGGUUACAUUACAGUGAUUCCGCUGAGAAAAGAAAAAUGGCAGUGCGAAAUAGAGAAUAUAAUGAAAUGCUACAAAAUAAGGAUGGAAAGAGGCGAGGUAGGUCAAAUGAAAAUGGUCCUCCGGGUCCAAGAACUGGUUGGCAGUCCCCAUCUUAUGAUGAUGUGCUAGACAGGAAAAGACAAGAAAAAGCCAAGUAUAGACGUGAUGAUCCUACAGGCAUGAGGGCCUACAACAGCGAAGGAGCUAUUGAUACGCUGGGGAAUGAUAGAUAUAAAGAUUUGGACAGAGAAUAUGAAACAAGGAAAGUAAGAUUUCGUGAUCAGAGAUCUAAUAUUUUGGACAAUGACCAGUGGUUAGAUUCUGAUCAGGUCAGACGAGAUGUAGAAUACCAAGAUUUGUUAAAUAAAGUGCAGAGUUCUCAGGAGUCGCAACAACCGCAAGCUGCACCAAGGGGUCCUCCGCCGAGGGAGGAACCAUCGUCAUCAGAAAUGGCAACUUCAUAUUAUGCCACAUUGCCAGUCGGUACUGACAGAGGUGGCAAUGAAAGGGAUAGUGCCAAGCGUAGGAAACAGAGCAAAUACAGGGAAGAAUUACAGCUACAGAUGCAAGAAGCUGUGGCUGCUAAAAGGAGAAACAAGAAUUUAGAGAAAGUAGAAGACUUAAGAGUUAAUGCUUCUGGAUUCUUAGACCCAGAAAAGACAGUAAGGAGAAUUGGAAACCUUGGUAAUCCUGAUAUAAGCCCAAGACGACAAAUGAGAAGUCCUGAAGUUCAACCAUAUCAUACCAAGUUUGAUCUUAGUCCUCGUGGUGGAAGGAAUGGACAGGAUUUAAAUCUAGACCUUGGUGGAGUAGGUGGCUAUACACCAAGAGAGCGAGGACGUCCACAGAGACGAGGUAGAGGAGCAGGAGGAGGAGGAGGCUCUGGAGGGGGAUUAUUAGAUACAGGGUUUGAAGGCCUUCUAGAGUCCAGACCCAGGGGUGCAUAUGCUCCACCAGGAAUACAGUAUCAACCAUCCUUUGCAGACCCAUCAGAACCAGGAAGGAUUGGUAUCCCAAGUACUUAUAUAACUGGAGGAGGAGGUCUUAACAACCCAGCUCUCAGUUCUAUAGAUGAAGCCUAUCAUUUCUAUGGUAUGAAGAACCCAUUAGACCCAGAGCCUUCUGGAGGUGGUGGUGGUCCAGAUAUUCCAUUAAACCGUUUAGAUGAUCAACCAUACAGUCGUCGAAUGUCUCCCCCUAGAGUAACAUUUGAAGAUAACACUAGAGCCAGGAGUAGAAGUAAAGAGAGGAUCUCACCAUACCAGUUCCCCAGUGAUGAUGAUUUUAGGAGUAAAUCACGACAAGAUCAAAGAGCUUACCAAGAAGAACUUCAGCGACAGAUACAAGAAAAGAAAUACAGAGAACAAAAAGAGAAAGAAGAUAAAGAUAGAUAUGAAAGAAAAUUGGAUGAAGAAAUACGUAAUUAUAAUCCAUUUGGUCGUGGUGGUGGUGGAGCUCCAAUCAAAGAUACUGCUGGCAAUGCAGUCACUGACUUAAGAUCUAUGCAUUAUGAAAAUGUUGGAGGAACAUCAGCAAGGUCUCCACCCCCUAGAGAGUCACCAAGAUUCCGAGCUCCUGCUUCUCCUAAAGAUGAUUUAAUUAAACCUCCACCAAUGCAACAGAAUGCUAAAGGGGAGAAUACUUAUGCUAGAGGUGGUCAUGGUAUAUUUGGACAGCCUAGGACUGAUGCAGAGAAAGACACAGCAGAUAAAUAUAAAGAUGAUUUACGGCGACAGAUUGAAGAAAAAAAAAGAUAUGAUCAAAUUGAAAGGGAAAAGGAAAAAAUUGAAGAAGAAAAAGAAAACAGACGUCUUGAGGAACAAAGGAUUAGAAUACAGCAGGAAUAUGAAGAAGAAGUCAGAAAGAAGAGAGAAAAAGAAGAAGAUGCUCGAAGAAAAAACGAAGAACUUAGAAAACAAGCAGAAGAUAGAAAGAAUGAGGAAAGCAGAAAAAGGAGAGAGGAUGCUGAUGCUAGAUCAAGAGAGAAACAAGAACAAGAAGAUAGAGAGAGAACAGAACGACAAAGGGAAGAGAGAGGUGGUUCACCUCCUAUACCAGCUAUCAGGAGUAAACUUGCCACAGAAAAUGGAGAACCUUCGGAAGAGAAAAGAGCUGUUACUAAACCUCCUCCCAAGUCUAAAGAACCUCUACCUCCUAAAAAGACUAAUUAUAAACCUGAUGAUUUUAAACUUAGUAUUAUAAAAAGAGAUUCAGCACCAAAUAUACAUGGUUACGAUCAUUUCCGUACCAGUUCAGUCAGUCUAGAACCUCCAACAACACAGACAAGAAUUACCCCAGAAAUCAAAACCUCGACGUCAGAUGGGCGAGGCAGGUCUCCGCCCGUACCCUCACACAGAAGCAAGCCAGAACCGCAGGUUGCUCCAGCACCUUUACAACUAUCCAGAGCUAACAGUUCUGAUGUUCUUAAAGAAUUAGCUACAAUGAGAAAACAAUUACAAAGUGAAAGAAAGAGAGUAGAAAAUGCACUGGAAAACCAAAAGAACGAACCAGAUGUGUUUGAUCCCAGAAUGGUACAAAGACCACCACCGAGAGAAAUAGAUGUUUUUGAGAGGGCUAAACAAGGCCAUGCUGCUGUACCACAGCGACAGUCAGAUACAGCCAAUGCUAGAACCUUACAGGAAUUUAACGAAUUAAAAUAUAAAACUGAUACAGAUUCACGGAGAGCAUUUAGAAGUAUGUUUCCUGAUGCCCCUACCUCUAAUUCAGCAUUAGAAUCACAACAAGAUGCAUUGUUACGUCAUCAAGAAGAUACCCUCAAAAAUCUUAAAGACAGAAGAUAUGCUUCAGCUGUGAGACAUAGUAUAGAGGAAGAAUUAGACUAUGGUACUGGACGACAGGGGACUAUGAGUCCAAAGUCCAUGCUGAAUUCCAACAGUGCAUUUAUAGAUGUAGAUACAGUCAACCAUUUCCCUGAAGACUUUGAAGAUUUACCCAAACGUAAUGACUCAGCAAGAAUGAGAAGAAGAGAGAGACUUCCUCUAAGCCCAAGGCCUGAAAGCAUAUCAUUAAAUCCUAUGGGAUCCACAACAAGUUUAGAUGUUGACAGGAUACAGAAGAAAAAUGAUGCUAGGUUACGGAGAUUACAUCAAAUGAACACUGAUGAUGUUUCGAUAGCUGAUCCUGAUGAUAUCUUAGACAGAUUUAUGGCAAAACAAAGAUAUAACAGACCUCCAUCCGGCCAGACACUCCAAGAUGAUUCAUGGUUACGCCCAGGAAGUAAAGCAUUUUAAUGACAAAAAUCUGCAUCUUAAGAAUGCUUAACAUGACAUUGUUAAAUGAUGUUAUAAAAUAUAUAUAAGCCUUGUAAAUGAAUGCAUAUUUAUUUGUAUAUAAUUUGAAAUUGAAAGAAUAACACAUGGGUUUGUAUGAAAAUAUCAUGAAAGUCAUUGUUAUGGCAAUAAUAUCAAUGAAAAUAUUACAUUCCUAUGAUAAAUAUUUAUACUUAAUGUAAAAAACCUGGUACAUUGGGUAACAAUACAAUGUUCUCUAGGUAAUAAGUAUAUUUUAGUGCUAAUUAUAAUUUCAUUAAAUGAAUUCUAGAGGGAAACAAUUAGUAUGAAAGAAGGCAGCAAAAAUAAAAGCAUAUGGAGCCUGUCAAUGAGAGGCAUAGGAAUAAAAAAAAAAUUAGUCCAGUUUUAACCAUAAGUAUAUUACUUUGUACUCAUUAAAAAAAUCAUUAAUGAUGCAAGAUUUUUAUGAUGUCCGUAGACAUAGUGAAGAAUUAGGAGUAUGUUUUAAAGGCAUACAUGAUUCACUGCCAGUCAGAAUUUUAAAUAUCUGAACUGAAGAAUUAGGUGUUUUAUCUAUAUAUAUAUUAUUGUUGUGAGAUGUCAAAUCUCAGGUUUAGUCAAAUUAUCUGUGAUAACCAAGCCACAUGUUUUUGUCUUCAUCUCAUUUUAACACAUCAGUAAUGACAUUUCAUUCUUCUAUAAAAAAAUCUUUAUAAAUCUAAUUUUUGUGAUAGUUUUUAAUUAAUUUUUUUAUUGUAUUUAACAUGUUAAUAUUGGAUUUUUAAUAUGUUUACCAACAUUACUGACUUCAGAAAAUUAGUUUGCCACACCCAGUCAGGUGAUUAAAUAACAGCAAUACUUAUGAAGAUUUUUGGUUUGAUUAAUAAUUUGUGAUGUUCUAAUAUUGUUUGUCAGAACUGUGGCUGGUGUAAUAAUUCGUCCAUAUUUGUUAUUUGUAAGUCACUGUUAACAAUUAACAGUGCAAUGACAUAUUUUUAUAGAAAUAAAAAUAUUGGAAUCUG